GGCUUCCGUGGUGGCCGCUGGUCGUGUGCAGUGCGCGCCAGCUGCUCCCCAAAGCGCACCACCGGUCACACUUUUGCACGCAGCCGAAAAAUAACCAGGCCCAGUCAGUCGUAGUUCGGCCGAGAACUUUGCCUCACCACGAUGGAGUGAUAGUAAUGUAUACAAGGGAGGAGAAGGGAAAGAAUGAGAGAAACGUGAUCUUGAUUCUUCUCGUGAUGCUGGAUGAAGAAUUGGAGAGGGAGUGGUUUGGUCUUUGGAGUGGUUUUUAUCGAUACAAUUGAUAGUAGAUAUAUGUAUAUAUAUAAAAUUGGUGGAAAUGAUUUAUUUGGAUCGAUGAUGGAGGAUCCUGGUAUUUUGGAUAUUUUGGUAAAAGAAGAUUUUAUUAAGUUGCAUAUUUGGGUGAGUUUAUUUUUAGAUGGGAAUUAAUUAAUGUAGUUAUAAUAUAUAUCUGGAAGGAACUCGUUAAAGGUUUUGAAUAAUAUCUUGUUUGAUAUUUAGUUUCUGUAAAGUAAUAAUAGCAGUGUUCUUAUUAUGAAUCGUAACAGGGUACAUAAGCAGGUGGAGUAAAUUUUUAACGAGAAAGUUGAUCGAUAGCGAGUCGUUUGCGAGAAGGAAACUAAACUAACCUAUUUGUAUCAAUCCAGUACGAAUCAAAUUUGUCGAUUUGUUGAAGAGAUAUUUUAUAUUAAUUUUUUCGAAAUCGAUUCUUUUCGAGUAAAACGUUUCUAUACGAUGAAAAAAAUUAAUAAUUGAAUAAGUUUGAAAAAUGUUGAGUUAAGGUUAAGGCAACGUGUUAAAGAUUAGCAGUGUUGUGACAGAGAUCAAUCUUCUUAAACAUGGAAAAAUAAGGGAUAAAGCUAGAAUCAGACCAAAAAUUGUAUCAUCUUGAUUCAUUAUUCGAAAUUUUUAAUUUUUCUAUGUCGAAUAAGAUAAAACAAAGAAUGGAGAAAGAUUGUAUUAAUUGGAUAUAAAUUUCAAAGAAAAAAGAAAACUUACUAGUCAAAUUUCAAUGAAAAAAAAGAGAAGAAAAGAAAUAAAUUUAUUUGAUUGAAUUCCAAUGUUCCAAACAGCAAAGUACAAAAGUUUCGACAGAGAGAACUUAAUCAAACUUGUAUCGUCCUGCCUCCAGAGAUCGAUAAAUCUUCCAUCGUAAAACUCCAAACACCAAAAGAUAAACAAUUCAUUCUCCCUCUAAUAAAAUCGAAUCUCGAAAAAAAAAAAGAAAAGUAACAAAGCCUUUUUGGAUGGUUCGAUCGAAAAAUCCACUCGUUCGAAAAGAAGGAUUUGAUCGAAUCCAAACAUCUCUCACGAAAUCGGAUUACAAUUAAGAAAAAGAGAUUAUCAAACUUGAAAAGAGGAGGAACACUUACGACGAAAUUCUACAACAAGAAACCUGGUCGAUACCUGGUAUUAUCCAAUUCUUCUAAAUUCUAAACUUUUAAGAAAAAAAUAAAUAACAUUUAUCGAGAAACGUGACAUCGACUCACUCGUCGUAUCGAAAGAUGAAGAAAAAGUAUCGAUCUAAAUAAAUUGAUUAUAUAUAUAUAUGCAAUAUUGGAGCAAUAAAAUGGUGAUAAUCGCGAAACGACGUUCCACUAUAAACGUUAUUACAGUUCGAUCCUUAUCGCGUUGGAUCGAAUCGUCCUAAUCCUUGCCGCCAUUUUCCCUAGGAUAUUCCCUAGGAUACUCUCAAAAGACUCCUCUUGAGGGAGGAGUCGAGGCGAAAUCAUGAAUAACGGAAGAGGGAAUAAUCCGAGAGAAUAGGAGAAUAGAUUGAUCGAAAUUUCGAUUUCUGGCCGACAAUGGCGUUUCGAUCCUCGCUUCGAGCUAGGAGAACAACUUUCCCCAACUUUUGAACGAACGAUUAUCGAUCAAACGCUUCUUCUGGUUUGGAUUCGAAGGCGAGAAAUUCGUAUCGUUUCGAAGAAGGGAAGUGUAAUGAAAUUGUCUCGAGGAAGCAUGGUGUCCCCCGAGUUUCUAGUGACUUUUCUUGCCGCGCUGCGCACCGUCCUAGGGACAGAAGACGAUCUCGACGACCCGAGCACGUGCUCGAGAAGCAAAAGUUUGUUCGAGAUCCCCGGUGACGCCGUUCUAUCAGUGUUCUUGAAUAUCAAUCACGGGCCUUAUUGCAACGUGACGAGCGACACCGGUUUGCAAGAAGUCGUCACCGCCUCAUACGUGGUUCAUUUGUUGAACAAACACGAGUUCAUCCCUGGAUUCUCCUUGGGUUUGAAGAUCUUCGACACUUGUUUCGACGAGACGACCGUGUACAAACAAGCGUUGCAGACAACCGUGGACGCGGAUUGCCGGGCGGACCGCUACGACAUGGGAAUAUUAUUACCGACCGAGUACGCGACGAUAAUGGAACCGUUGCGCAAUUACAGCGUCUCGCCAAUCGCCACGUACGAGGAGCAAAACUUGACGAGGCCGUUGAUCAGCCUGAUGGUGCAUUACAUGAGCACCAGGUUCGAGACCGUCGAUCUGUUGUUGGCCAGCCACGACCCAGCGUUGAACAUAUUCCUGGACACGGCGAGGGAGGCGGGUAUUUGCGUGAAAAAUUACGGUGACAGUUUGGAGGUGUUCGGAGGGGGGGACGAGGCGGAGGCGGUGAUCGCCGUGAUCGGGCGCAGGAACGAUAUUAGACAGUGGAUAGAGAGAGGGGAGAGGCUGGAGGAGUCGAGGAAAACUUGGAUAGCGUUGCCUCUCGAUGGAUCGAGCGUGGACGAUCUGAUUCCCUCGGGCUCGUACGCGGUCAGGGCAUCGCCCCUCGACCCGGACUUCCUCCAACACGUCUCGUCGCCGAGCACGUUCCUCGAGGCAGCUGCCAAUCCCGUGACACGUUCCCCGCAUUUGCUGGGCGUCGGUAAAGCGGUGCUCGAGCUCGCCCAAUUGCUGCAAGACAUUCGUAAGCGGAACUGUCCACGUGUCACGGCAGCGUUGUGCGCGAUGCAACGGUUCAAUCCUGGCUCGAGGCAGGAAAUGAGGAACGCGGACGUGUACACCGCGCUACGAAUAAUCGCGAGAUCGCACUCGAUCAGGUAUUUAGUGGCGAUGAGGAGUCAACGGGGCGACGUGGUCGACAUGGCCGCGUACAACGUGGAGCCGGCCAAUAUGAAGUUCAGAGUGGCGCCCGAGUCGAGGAUGCCCAAGAUGCCGAGGUUGUGCUUGAAGAAGUACGCGAGGAACUGCGACGGAUGCGCCAAUUUCAAGAAAAGAUUCGGCCCUCGUGGCAAAGAUACUCUCGACAGGGGUUUGUUGAAGGCUGGCAACUGGAUACCGAUCUUCCUGACGGUGGUCGUGUGCGGGACGUUCGCCUGCGGGGCGAUCGCCGUCUUCAUUAUCUACCGUUUCAUGGUCGAGGACGUGCUCGACGGGAACCCAAUGUUGACGAUCGUCCUGAUACUCGCCAACGUGUUCACUCUCCAAACCGUGCUUCCCUUCUGCAUCAACGACGACUAUUUGGGGGGCGAACGAUUGAACUCCAGAAAGAUACUCGCAACCACCCUGGCCUUCGGACUGGACUUCUCCCUCAUGCUGACCAGAGCCUUCUUCCUCGUCUUCUCCAAGGGCGGCGUAUUCACCGCCCACAUAAACGGCCACCUCCAAGGGCUGAUGGUGUUCUUCAUGUUCUUCGUCCAGGUCGCCAUAUCCGUCAUGUUCUUCGCCCUCAACAACCACGACUCGGCCGUGAUCAUGAGAAGCCUCGUAUUCAUCGCUCUUCUGGGCUACGAUAUAUUUCUACUGAUCACCCUGUUCGUCGUGUGCUUCUUCAUCUUCCAACUGCCGCGCAAUUACAGGGAGGGCAAGUGUUUCUUCGGCACCUCCAUCGGCCUGUUGAUCGCCUGGGCCGUGUGGCUCACCUGCUUCAUUCUCGUGGAGCCGGAGUACCGCGACACAGUGGUGUCCCUCGGCAUCAUAUCCACCGCCUAUCUCAUCAUUAUAGGUAUACUUAUACCGAGGACGUAUUACAUGGUAACGCAUCUGGCGAGGGGGAAGAAGUUCGGGCAGAGAUUCGGCUCGACCGAUCUCGCGCCCGACUCGAGGAUCGACACGAUCGGCAGGCAGACUCGCCCGUUUUACGAUUACGUGCACUCUGGGAGCGCGAGCAAUUUGCACGUGACACCCACCAUGUAUCCAAACUAUUACGGAAGCUCGAGUCCAGGCCAAAAGUAUCUAGGAGGAACGGGGAACAGAAGGAUUCCAGGAUACAACAAUUACGGAUACCAUUCCGAGAUGCGGGAAGUGAAUAACUCUUACACGUCGACUUACGCGCGGCCGAAGAGCAAGGACCGGAAGAGGAGGGCCAAAGGGGAGAAGGAUUGCAUCGAGACGGACGUUUACGUGGAGGCUACGUGCCGUAGAUCGAGCAACGAAUCUGCGUACCCUGGCAGCAGAUCGAACAGCCCCAGGCUGGCCCAGGUCGAGGCGACGAUCCGCGAGGAGGAGGAGGAGGAGGAGACGAGCAGGAUCACUCGAUUUUGAUCCUCAUUGAUUUUCUUUUUUUUAAUCGUUUGGAUUUAUUGGAAAUUGUAUAAACGAUUGUAGCCCAUAGAUAUACUAAGUGAAUCUAGUCGAUGAAUAGUGUGAAAGUUGUUUUCGAUAGGUGAGUGAGUGAGUGAA